AUGACUUUAGAAGAAGGGGAAAAAGAUGAGAAGAAAAAGGAUGAAGAGGACCGUUGGUUCCGAGAAAAACAGGCUGAAUUAGAGCGGAAAGCAGAAAUAAAGGCAAUAGAAAAACAAGUGAAGGAAAUGCAAGUAAAUAAUGAAAGGGAAUACAGAAAAGCCUUAGCCAACGAUGCAUUCAAUUUAUGGCUUGAUAUUAAGAAUCGACAGCGAGCCUAUGAGACUUCCAUACCCGGUCAAAUGGUCCGUUAUGGCUUAGAAAUGAAACGAUCUCAAGUACCGUGGCGACCGCCAACUCGCGACUUCGUACCGCGGAUUCCUUCUCAUCAGCGACGAUCGCGAAGGCGUGCAAGAACUGCCGAUCGAGUAGUUCGUCCAAAAUCUGUGUUCUGA